GAAGGCUUAAAGAUCAGUGUCAGUGAGAGGAGAGCACAACGUGCGUGCAGCCAUGGCAGUGGCACCAGCAGCAAUAGCGACAGGAGGCCGCCCUGAUCGGUUGCCGGUGCUUCUCCUUCUCCUGUCAUUCUUGGUGUCACCCGAGCUCGUCCCUCCCAUCCAUGGCCAAGCGCCGGACUCUCUAGGUUUCAUCAGCAUCGACUGCGGGAUCCCCGAGGGCACGAGCUACCCGGAUCCCGACCGGACCAUGAUGUGGUACGUCUCCGACGCCGGCUUCGUCGACGCCGGCGCAGGUGCCAACGCCCCCGUCAGCCAGUCCUUCGUCAUCCCCGACUUGGCGACUCGAUACACCAAUGUCCGCUACUUCUUCCCCACCUCCGGCGCCAGCGCUGGCGGCGCCCGGAGCUGCUACACGCUCCAGGGGCUAACGCAGGGAGCCAAGUACUUCGUCAGGUGCAGCUUCUACUACGGCAACUAUGACGGGAUCAGAAGGCCUCCGGCUUUCGACCUCUACCUCGGGGCCAACCGCUGGGCCACCGUCAACAUCACCGAAGCCAGAGAGAGGUACGUCCUCGAGGCGGUGGUGGUGUUAACGGCCAGCUUCUUACAGGUAUGCUUGGUGGACAUAGGGUUGGGUACGCCGUUCAUCUCUGGGCUUGACCUGAGGCCGCUCAAGGCGGCCAUGUACCCGGAGGCCACCGCGAACCAAUCGCUGCUCCUUCUCAGCCUUCGACCGCCGGGGGCGGGAUUCCCGUUUAACCGGUACUACUUGUGGCCGUCGCCUAGAGUAUUCAGGUACCCAUUUGACCUCUACGACCGCGACUGGCAGAGCUACGUCAACGUCACCACGUGGACCAACAUAACGACGAAGGCCACCAUAAAUGUCUCCAACUCCAGCAGCUUCGCCGAGCCGCCGUCGGUGGUAAUGCAGAGUGCCGCCACUCCGGUGAACGGGAACCGGCUCGACUUCUCAUGGAGCCCGGACCCCUCACUGAACAACAACAGCAGCAGCAGCAAAACUUACCUCCUGGUGCUCUACUUCGCGGAACUGCAGCAGCUGUCGGGCAGCGCCCUGAGGCAGUUCGACAUCCUCAUCGAUGGCGCCUCGUGGGACGGCAGCCGGAACUACACCCCGAAAUACCUUUCUGCAGAGGUGGUGAAAAGGGUGGUGGUGCAGGGGGCGGGCCAGCAUGCCGUCUCGCUUGUCGCUACGCCAGACGCCACCCUCCCGCCCAUCCUGAAUGCAAUCGAGAUAUACUCGGUGCAGCAGAUGACUGAGCUUGGGACGAACAAUGUAGACGCCGAGUCCAUGAUGAAGAUUCGCAAGACGUAUGUGCUGAAGAAAAACUGGAUGGGUGAUCCUUGUGCACCGAAAGCAUUUGCGUGGCAUGGCCUGAACUGUAUUUACUCUUCAUCUGGUCCUGCAUGGAUAACAGCUUUAAACUUGUCAUCUAGUGCACUGACUGGUCCAGUUGAUUCUUCUUUUGGCGAUCUAAAAUCUAUCCAACAUUUGGACUUGUCCAAUAACAGCCUGUCUGGCCCAAUACCUGAUUUUCUAGGACAAAUGCUAUCACUCAUAUUCCUUGAUUUGUCAAGCAAUAAACUCAGUGGGUCGAUUCCUGCAGCUCUACUAGAGAAGCGUCAAAAUGGAUCUCUUGUACUAAGGAUUGGUAACAAUGCAAAUAUCUGUGACAAUGGUGCUUCUACAUGUGAUCCUAGCGACAAGAAAAAGAACCGAAAACUCAUUAUUGCAAUAGCUGUCCCAGUAGCUGUAACAACUCUAUUGUUUGUGGCUGCAAUUAUUAUUCUUCACAGAAGGAGAAAUGGACAAGGUUUGGUUGCAGAUACAUGGACAACAAACAACUUAAGGCAUAACAGCUCUAGGAAUGGGUCGAACUUAUUUGAGAACAGACGGUUUAGUUACAAGGAGCUGAAGUUCAUCACAGCUAACUUCAGAGAAGAAAUAGGGCGGGGAGGAUUUGGUGCUGUGUUUCUCGGUCAUUUAGAGAAUGAAAAUGCAGUUGCCGUGAAGAUUCGUUCAACAAUAUCUUCUCAAGGGGAUAAAGAGUUUCUAGCUGAGGCUCAACACUUGAGUCGAGUUCAUCACAAGAAUCUGGUAUCCUUGAUUGGUUAUUGCAAGGACAAGAAACAUCUGGCCCUUGUCUAUGAAUAUAUGCAUGGAGGAGAUCUAGAGGAUUGCUUAAGAGGAGAGGCUUCUGUUGCUACACCGCUCAGUUGGCAUCGACGUCUCAGGAUUGCUCUCGAUUCUGCCCAUGGAUUGGAGUAUCUACACAAGUCCUGCCAACCGCCGCUAAUCCAUAGGGAUGUGAAGACAAAGAACAUCCUGCUAACUGCUGACCUAGAGGCAAAGAUAUCCGACUUUGGCCUCACGAAAGAGUUUGCCAACGAGUUCAUGACCCAUAUCACCACCCAACCAGCAGGUACCCUGGGGUACCUUGACCCUGAAUACUUCAACACAUCCCGGCUCAGUGAGAAGAGUGACGUGUACAGCUUUGGAGUUGUACUACUGGAGCUCAUUACCGGCCAACCGCCAGCGGUCGCCGUAAGUGACACCGAGAGCAUCCACAUCGCACAGUGGGUGCGCCAGAAGCUCUCAGAGGGUAACAUAGAGAGCAUUGCUGACUCGAAGAUGGGGAUGGACUAUGAUGUCAACUCAGUCUGGAAGGUCACAGAGCUGGCACUGCGAUGCAAGGAGCAACCAUCAUCAGAACGCCCAACAAUGACCGGGGUUGUGGUUGAGCUCAAUGAGUGCUUGGAGCUGGAAAUGUCUCGUGGAAUCGGCAACUACAGCUCAGUCACCACCAGCGCUCUCAGUGCAAUGAGUGCUGACUUGCAUAGUGAUGUCCAAACAAGUGAUAUGAGACAGAAAAGCAUUCUUGAGUUGGGACUGGAAGGCAAUGAAUCGGCAAUUCUCAUAGGUCCCACAACACGCUGACACCAACUGUUUAAUUUUGUACGGUCCAAAGGUUUAGUGUCUGGAGUCCUGUAUAUAGGUAGGGAUGUAUAGGAUGAUCGGAAAAUAAAAUUACCUGGUAUCUUAUUUGAAUAUGUUAACAAGAAAUUGAUCUCCCAGUUUGAUAGACUACACAUAUGAAGGUUGUGAGUGUGGGCUUAUUGUCAGAAAUGGAACAUUUAUUUUCCAAAUGGAAUUAGAGAUAUUAAUAACUUA